ACUUUCUGGAUCUGUCAGUCUGAUUCACAGAAAACUGGUUUCAUCUACAUUGGUCAUGGCAAGAAAUCGGGAGCGUUAGAAGCGUUUGUUCUCUAUCACAGAGAAGGAUCUGAGGUUCGUGACGACCUGUUUGACCGGAUCCAGGCUUCCAGUAGGAAUGGCCAAGUCCCAGGGCCCCGCUGGCCAGUGGAGCCCGAUGGUGAUGGUGCAGGCUGCGGGUGGAGCCCUGCCCCAGGUUUCCCAUUAUUCAUUGAAACCCGCCAACCAGGAAGAGGGCUGUGUGUCCUUUGAGGAUGUGGCUGUGUACUUCUCCUGGGAGGAAUGGAAGCUGCUUGAUGACUCCCAAAGGCUCCUGUACUGGACUGUGAUGACGGAGAUCUUCACACUCAUGUCCUCGCUGGGGCUUGUAUCUUCUGGGAUUCACGGCAUCACUCAGCUAGAGUCUUGGGGAGAGCCCUCUGUGCCUGCUCUGAGAUUCCUGACUCCAGGUUGUUGGAUCAAAGUGGAGAGUGAAGCGUCCCCCUUUGAGCAGAGUCUGUCUGCGGAAGGAGACCUUAGUGCCUCCGUGCUCCAACAGCAAGUGCUGAGCUGUGCUGAGACGCCCUUGCUAAGUGCAGACAAUGUGAUGAUCAUCCAGACUUCCUCAGGUCUUCUCACGCAUCAGGUGACUUCCAGUGUUGGGGAGACACCCAGGACCACUGGGAGUGGAGAGGCCAUUCACCCCGAGAAGAAGAACUGCAAAUGCAGUGACUGUGGCAAAGUCUUUACUAGUAUCUCUCACCUUAAUCGGCACCGGAUGAUACACACUGGAGAAAAGCCUUUCCAGUGCAGCGAGUGUGGGAUGUCCUUCAGCCAGAAAGCCUUUCUCAUCAAGCACUUCAGAAUGCACACGGGGGAGAAGCCCUUCAGGUGCAGCGAGUGUGGCAAAGCCUUCAAGCACAAUAUCUCUCUGGUUUCUCACCAGCGAGUUCACACGGGAGAAACACCUUUUACGUGCAGUGAAUGUGGGAAGUCGUAUAUGACCAGAUCCAACCUUACGCGUCAUUAUCAGGUUCACACCGGCGAAAAGCCGUACAGCUGCAGCGAAUGCGGGAAAGCCUUUAAGGAAAAAUCCAGCCUUGUUUAUCAUGCCCGGGUACAUACCCGCGAGAGGCCUUUCCAGUGCAGCGAGUGUGGGAAAUCCUUCAGCCAGAAAGCCUUUCUCAUGAAGCAUUUCAGAAUUCACACGGGGGAGAAGCCUUUCACGUGCGGUGAAUGUGGCAAAGCGUUUAAGCAUAACUGCUUCCUAGUCGCUCACCAGCGAGUCCACACUGGUGAAACGCCUUUUACGUGCAGUGAAUGUGGGAAAUCCUACAUGAACAGAUCGAGCCUUUUGUAUCAUUAUCGAGUUCACACUGGAGAAAAGCCUUAGGAGUGCCGCGAAUGUGAAAAGUCAUUUAA